AAUACCUUAAAAACUUACUGCAGACACAAUUGCGCUUUGCAAUGUGAAAGCUCUGAAACAUAUUCCAUUAUUGUUUUACUGUAGAUAUUUUGUUUUUAAGAUAUCACUUCGAAGAAUACGUCAUGCCGCCUUCACUUGAAAAAAAUAUAGUCUGGCAUACAAAGAAUUCAACAGCGAAACAAACAUAAGGGAAUUAUUGUUGAGAAUGCUGUGAGACUUAGGGUUAGGGUUAGGCUUAUUAUUAUUAUUAUUAUUAUUAUUAUUAUUAUUAUUAUUAUUAUUCGGUUUUUUGUUUGUUUUCCAGACUAGCUUAUUAGUUACACGGUACAUCUUUAAAUUAAUUUAGAACAAUGCUUUAGCACAGUAAUUUGGAUGCAAUGAAACCCUGUUGAAAAUUCAAGCAAAAACAGUAGAAAUAUACAGUAAAGUUAUGUGUAUGUGCAUCAGUUACGAUGGCAAAUCAACAAGCAAGGUUUUUCUAUUUUUUUGUUUUUUUUGUUUUGUUUUUGAUAGCCCAGCAAAUUUCUGUUUGGGGCUCCUCUUUAGUAUUGUGACGUUUUACGCUCUCAACGUUGACCAAUCGUAGAACUCUAAACAUCUUUCUUUACCCGGAAGAAACUCUAGCUACUGAAGAGCAAAGAUGUUUGAAUUAGUAGGCAUGUCUUCUGAUGACUGUUCAGUUGAAAAUAUUGGACAGCUUCCUCCAGACUUGUUUGCAGAAUCAUGCCAACAGAUUAUGAUGCACUUGCAAGGGCAGAUCCCUGGUGUAGACACAGCUGAGCUCUGUGAGAGAUUUCAAAAAGCUGGUGUCCAACUAAACUUGGAGGCUGUUGAGAAGAUAGUAAACAUCGUUUUAUUUAUUUUCAGAACAGCAACAAAAAGCAAUUGGACGGCAGGGCAGCUAGUCACCAAGUUGGCUGAAGGGAGAAGCAAAUGGUCAAAGCCAGCUUUGCAGGUUAUUCAGCGAAUCUGGAAGGAACAGGGCAAACUCCUCCAUUCACAGGAGGAUCCCAGCCGCAUGAUAACAGUUGGACAGCUGGUAGAUUUCCAAUGGAAGCUGGCCAUGGCAAUUAGUUCUGACACCUGUAGGUCUCUGAAUUAUCCUUACAUCUCCAUGACAUUAAAAGUGGCCAAUUCCUCUGGGCAGAUAACCAGCAAAUCCUUUGAAAUGACUAUCCCUCAAUUUCAGAAUUUCUUCAGACAGUUCAAGGAAAUGGCAGCUGUUCUAGAAACAGUUUAAUGUCCAUAUUAAUUGUACCUUAUUCAUGUCCCUCCAACAAAUAAUUAUGAAUGAUAAUAUUUACACUGGUAGUGGUAGAAGUCAGUUUUGUUUGCUGGCUUUUGCUUCGAGAGAUGCAGUGGGAGACUACUGGGUUCUAUUCAUGAAACAUCAACUCAAGUUGGGAGGAAAAAGGACUGCAUAGUAACGUGUGUCGGCUGUUUCUAAACAGUGUAAAAUAAGAAAAUAUGAAUUGGGAUGUGGUCGCAUAACUCCCCCCCCCCCCCCCCCCCCCCAGUUCCAAACAUGUGGUAAUAUUUUCUAAACUAGCCAAUCAAUACUGUGCAACUAAGAAAGCAACCAAUCCCACACCUGCCACUGUCGCAUCAGUGAAUCCACAGCCUGUCAAGUCUACUGGAGCUCAGCAUCUUUCAACAACAGCCAAGCGAGACAUGGACAGUUCAGUAAUGUUACUCCAUAUUGCUUACCUGGCCAUUUCCAGAUACUAUAAGCACCUCUGACAAAUAAAAAGUUAUUUGCUUAA